CAACUUAAAGCAGAACUUGCACGCCAACGCUAUUGCCUUGAAAAUCUCGAGAUUGAACGCCAACAAUACAGACUGGACAGUCGGGCACUGACAGACCGAAUUGCCAAAGUGCAAGAACGGCUGCAACAACGACAAGAAGCGCGACACCAGCUGGAAGGCAAUUAUAACGAGCACUUGAGAGGUCUGCGUGCCACAGACGACGACCUGGCCAGUAUUUCGGGAAAACUGAGACAGCUCAAGGCGAUGAUUGCGCAUUUAGCGGAUGAUCUGCUCGAGAAUGUGGAUCCCAAGCGUGCUACGGGUGCCUUGCGCAACUUUUGGCUCAAUUUGAAGCAGCCGAUCGAACAGAUGGGCGCGUUGUUGCCGCUGAAUCGGAUCCGUAUGUUGACGGAGAAAUACAUGAUGGAUUAUUUGAUACCCAACAUGACGCCGCAUUUCUUCCCGGGCCUGUCGGUUGAAAAGGACUAUAUCGCGCUCGAGUACUGGCUGCGAAACCACGAUCGGUACACGGCUACACGGCUGCGGCAAGAGCUGGCAAAGAGCGUCGUGGCGGAUGCUCAGCGGUUAUUGGCAAAGCCCAUCAAGCAGGCAGCUCAUGGCCUCUACAGCAAUCUCAAUGAAGCAUACCCUUACAUGCAGCAGUACGAUAACACGGAAUCAGAUCCAGAAAAACGCUACGAAACGAAGGUCAGAAAACUGGUCGAGUACUCGAUUGCUCUCGGCUUUGCAAUGAAGGGCCAGGAGGUUGAUAUUGUGGCCACAGUUGUACAAGAGGGAGUACAGCCGUUUAAUCAUGUCACCAUGGUCGAUGAAGAAGGCUUGACGUCCGGUAUAAUCGAGUUUUGCAUCUGCCCGCCGUUUGUCAUCUACGACACAAUGCCCUAUACGGUGCUCGAAAAAGGCCGGGUAUUCUGC